UAUAUAUAUAUAUAUAUAUAUAUAUAUAUAUAUAUAUAUAUAUAUAUAUAUAUAUAUAUAUAUAUAUAUAUAUAUAUAGUUUCUAUACCUUGCUCUGUUUGAUAUGGUUUACUUUUUGCUUCUUCAGUGUGAGCUUGGAAAGGGUUGAUGAAAUCAGGUACCUUUUUGGUUUAAAGGUUGAGAGUUGUGGCCCACCUGAUAUGUUUGAAGAGUGCUUGAAAUCUUUAGAGAACUAUACAGGUUCAUUUGGAUCAAUGGUAAAUGAGUAUAUGAAUUCGGUGGGUUUUGACAAGGCUUAUCUAAACCAUGUCAAGGAAUCAGUAAAGUUACUAAUGCUUUUGUUGCAAGAGCCUUCUUCUAACAUAGUAGUGAAGGCAGAUGAAAUUAUCAGUGUGUCUUCCACUCCCCCAAUUGGUCCUACUACAGUCUCCAAUAAGAUUCAAAAGCUUGUAGAUAAAAGUGCUGAAAGGAUAGACGGUGAUAGAUUAUUAGAUGAACUUGGAGAUAAUUUCUUGUGGGAAUGUCCUGAAAAUUUACGCGAUAGGUUGACGCAAACCGGUCUUGCGAGUAGAAGGAGAAGCUCUUCUAUGGAUGGGGGAACAAAUAGGCGUGGCAGGGGAGAUGUUUCUUCCUCAGUUGCUGAGACUGCACCACCCCCACCACCACGGGUGCCCAUGCCAUCUGUUGUCACUUCUGGUCCGACCAGACGCGACACUUUCCGGCAGCGAAAGCCUAACACCAGCCGACCUCCCUCCAUGCAUGUUGAUGACUAUGUUGCAAGAGAGAGAAACACCGACGGGUCCACCAAUUCAAAUGUCAUUACGUUGCCACGAAUAGGAUCCUCUAGUGGACGUCCGCCUUCUAUUCAUGUAGACGAAUUCAUGGCCCGUGAAAGAGAGCGCCAUAGUGGCGUUGGGGUCUCGCCUCCUGUGGUGGUAGAAAAGUUGGGGCCACCAGUUGAGAAUAAACCAGAUCUGGAGAAACUGUCAGCUUCCAGCCAGAUGAAACCUGAUCUUGAUGAUGACCUUCAAGGAAUAGAUAUUGUUUUUGAUGCUGAGGUGUGUGAACCUGAUGAUGAUAAGUUGCCUUUUCCUCAACCGGAUGAUCCUCUUCAACAGAAUUCUCCUCCCCGUUCAAUUGUUGAAGAGACGGCAAGUGAAGAGACCAGACAGUCGUCGCGUGUG